AUGGAGCAGAGACGCUCUCCACAGCCCCACGCACACGGAGGCAAGAAGCCAUUCAAUUGCUCUGUGUGUGAGAAGUCCUUUUCACGGCCAUCACAUCUUAAGAGACACCAGAGAACACACACGGGCGAGAAGCCGUUCCUGUGCUCUGUGUGCGGGAAGACAUUUGCACACUCAUCACAUCUUCAGAGUCACCAGAGAACACACACGGGCGAGAAGCCGUUCCUGUGCUCUGUGUGCGGGAAGACAUUUGCACACUCAUCACAUCUUCAGAGUCAUCGGAGAACACACACUGGUGAGAAGCCAUUCCGGUGCCAUGUGUGUGGGACGACAUUUGCACAAUCGUCAACUCUUCAAGACCAUCAGAAAACACACACAGGCGAGAAGCCAUUCCUGUGCCCUGUGUGUGGGAAGGCAUUUGCACAGUCAUCAACUCUUCAAACUCAUCAAAGAACACACACGGGCGAGAAGCCAUUCCUGUGCCCUGUGUGUGAGAAGUCCUUUUCACGGCCAUCACAUCUUAAGAGACACCAGAGAACACACACGGGCGAGAAGCCGUUCCUGUGCUCUGUGUGCGGGAAGACAUUUGCACACUCAUCACAUCUUCAGAGUCACCAGAGAACACACACGGGCGAGAAGCCGUUCCUGUGCUCUGUGUGCGGGAAGACAUUUGCACACUCAUCACAUCUUCAGAGUCAUUGGAGAACACACACUGGUGAGAAGCCAUUCCGGUGCCAUGUGUGUGGGACGACAUUUGCACAAUCGUCAACUCUUCAAGACCAUCAGAAAACACACACAGGCGAGAAGCCAUUCCUGUGCCCUGUGUGUGGGAAGGCAUUUGCACAGUCAUCAACUCUUCAAACUCAUCAAAGAACACACACGGGCGAGAAGCCAUUCCUGUGCCCUGUGUGUGGGAAGACAUUUUCCAAGUCAUCAAAUCUUCAUAGUCAUCAGAGAACACACACGGGCGAGAAGCCAUUCCUGUGCCCUGUGUGUGGGAAGACAUUUGCAGACUCAUCAACCAGGAACAGGCAUCAGAAGGUCCACAAUGAUAUGGAGCAGAGACGCUCUCCACAGCCCCACGCACACGGGGGCAAGAAGCCAUUCAAUUGCUCUGUGUGUGGGAAGUCCUUUUCAUGGCCAUCACAUCUUCAGAGACACCAGAGAACACACACGGGCGAGAAGCCGUUCCUGUGCUCUGUGUGCGGGAAGACAUUUGCACACUCAUCACAUCUUCAGAGUCACCAGAGAACACACACGGGCGAGAAGCCGUUCCUGUGCUCUGUGUGCGGGAAGACAUUUGCACACUCAUCACAUCUUCAGAGUCACCAGAGAACACACAAGGGCGAGAAGCCGUUCCUGUGCUCUGUGUGCGGGAAGACAUUUGCACACUCAUCACAUCUUCAGAGUCACCAGAGAACACACACGGGCGAGAAGCCGUUCCUGUGUUCUGUGUGUGGGAAGACAUUUGCACAGUCAUCACAUCUUCAGAGUCAUCAGAGAACACACACGGGCGAGAAGCCAUUCGUGUGCCCUGUGUGUGGGAAGACAUUUGCAGACUCAUCAAAGCCAUUCAAUUGCUCUGUGUGUGGGAAGUCCUUUUCAUGGCCAUCACAUCUUCAGAGACACCAGAGAACACACACGGGCGAGAAGCCGUUCCUGUGCUCUGUGUGCGGGAAGACAUUUGCACACUCAUCACAUCUUCAGAGUCACCAGAGAACACACACGGGCGAGAAGCCGUUCCUGUGCUCUGUGUGCGGGAAGACAUUUGCACACUCAUCACAUCUUCAGAGUCACCAGAGAACACACAAGGGCGAGAAGCCGUUCCUGUGCUCUGUGUGCGGGAAGACAUUUGCACACUCAUCACAUCUUCAGAGUCACCAGAGAACACACACGGGCGAGAAGCCAUUCGUGUGCCCUGUGUGUGGGAAGACAUUUUCAAAGUCAUCAAAUCUUCAUAGUCAUCAGAGAACACACACGGGCGAGAAGCCAUUUCUGUGCCCUGUGUGUGGGAAGACAUUUGCAGACUCAUCAACCAGGAACAGGCAUCAGACGAGAACGCACACGGGUGAGAAGCCAUUCCUGUGCUCUGUGUGUGGGGAGGCAUUUGCACGGGCAUCAACUCUUCAAACUCAUCAGAGAACACACACGGGUGAGAAGCCAUUCCUGUGCCCUGUGUGUGGGAAGGCAUUUGCACACUCGUCAACUCUUCAAGACCAUCAGAGAACACACACGGGAGAGAAGCCAUUCCUGUGCCCUGUGUGUGGGAAGGCAUUUGCACAGUCAUCACAUCUUCAGAGUCAUCAGAGAACACACACGGGAGAGAAGCCAUUCCUGUGCCCUGUGUGUGGGAAGACAUUUGCAAAGUCAUCACAUCUUCAGAGUCACCAAAAAACACACACGGGCGAGAAGCCAUUCCUGUGCCCUGUGUGUGGGAAGACAUUUUCAUGGUCAUCACAUCUUCAGCGUCACCAGAGAACACACACGGGCGAGAACCCAUUCCUGUGCUCUGUGUGUGGGAAGACAUUUGCACAGUCAUCACAUCUUCAGAGUCACCAGAAA